AUGAGCGAAACACUAACGACAUGCGCAACAUGUGAACGAAUUAUUGAAUUCUCCGACAUAGGUAUUAGACAACAAAUUGCCAUAUUAGGAACUGUUUCCUCACUAAUCGACACGGAAUGUCCACACCGAAGAUGGAUCACAAAACUCGACCCAGAUGGCCCCGCGAUUCAAAACUUCUCCAAGUUGAAAAUUAGCAUGUCUAAAAGUGCAUCAUCUAUAGUGCUCAGACCAAGUCGGAAGGAGACAGGUUCAUUAGGACGGCACUUUGAAUUCGUUCGUGAGAAGAAUGAUGAAUAUCCACAUUCGAGACGUGCACAUUUGUGUGAUAAAAAUCAUGGAACUGCAUGUGAGUAUCCUGGGAAACUCACGCGUAUGGACGCAAUCCAACCGACGUGGUUGAUUGAUACUGUGGCUGGAUGUCUUGUGCCUGGUCCGGGAAAAGUAACAUCAAUCUGCUACAAUAGUCAGGAGUUCUAUCAAAAGGAUCUGUGGCAGCGGUACUUAUGGGCUGAUACAUUAUGUAUUGUUCAAGAUGAUGCGGAGACUUUGCAAACCGAGUUAAACUCUAUAGCUAGAGUAUACACCACUUCUUGUAUUACAAUCGUAGCUGCCGAUGGCAUUGGCGCCAACCAUGGGCUUCGAGGAUUCAAAGGAAUUACUCCCCAACGAGACUUCAAACAAAACGUAAUGUCUAUGACACCACCAAUAAAGUUGAUCGACCACAGAAACAGAAUUGGAAAGACUAGUUAUGUAUAUCACUCACGCGCUUGGACUCACCAAGAAUACCUUGGUGCCAAACGGCGUCUUAUAUUUGAAAAUGGAACCGUUUAUUGGGAAUGCAGCGCAUCUACUUGGAGUGAGGAAUUGAUCCCCGAUAUAAAACCAUACAAGGCGCGAAAAAUCGAUUUACUCUUACCUCAGGAAUUAUUUGUAGAUACCACCUUUCCAGAUAGGAAAAACAUGAACUCUCUAUUACGGGAGUUCAAUCAGAAAAAUCUCACAUCUCCUGGUGAUGCUUUAGCGGCGUUUUCUGGCAUUCAAUGGGGACUCAGCCAGAUAUUUGAAGGCGGUUUACUGUACGGUAUCCCUGAACUCUUCUUUGAGAUUGGGUUGAUGUGGAAUCCAAUUGGUUUUGGAGAGAGACGGUACUCGAUCAGGAAAGAAAUGUCACAGCUUCCAAGUUGGUCAUUCCUUGGAUGGCAAGUAGGCGCUAGGCUUACAGACGAUUGCGAGUUUGAAGCUACUUCGUGGAAGAGAGCUGAAUAUGUAAAAGGCUUUCAAAAACCUGUUACCACAUGGUACACAAUGGACCAUACCAAAUCAACAAAUAGACGACAGAUUACUUCGACUUGGUAUAAGUAUAAGAUUUUAGCCGAAAAUAUCAAGCAGGUACCUCUUGAAGGAUGGAUGCGCACUCGAUUUGGCUGGGACUGUGGUGACCCUGCGCAUCUAAGCACAUUUGCGUAUUCGGGUGACGGCCAGAAAUAUGCCUAUUGGCAUUCAAACUCUCCUGAUCGAUGGUACAAAUAUCCGAUUCCCGUUCUAGACUCGAAAAAACAACACCCUGUACAGCUGCACACGCAAUUUCUCUACUGUUAAACAUCGAGAGCAUUCAUACAUGGUAUCUCAGAUAUUUCUACAAUAGCAGAAACACAAUCUUCGUCUUCAUCUAAACUAAAAGAUAAUAUCAGUUUCACAAAUGUCAAGCUUCAAGGUUCGAAUGGAGAAGUUGUGAGUUUCUUAACGCUUAUGUGUGAAAGUGACAGCUCAUUUUACGCAAAACGCAAUGACUGGGGCUCUCGUUGAAUUUGUUGCUAUUUCUCAAGGCUGGUUUGGCGUCAACACGAAGAGUGGCGAGGAGGAAAAAGAAGUCAAAGAUUGGGUUCCUGAUCACACGACGCGUCAAGAUUGUUAUCAUGUAUUAUGGGUGGAGUGGAAAAACGUUAUUGCGUAUCGAAGGGGUAGUGGGUAUGUGGCGAAAGAGGUAUGGGAGAGAAGGAGAGAGAAAAAAGUGCUGGAUUUGGUGUUGGGGUGAGAGAAGAGGAUGUAUUUCUUUGAGUGGUUUUGUGAGAUGAACUUGUGAUAUAGCAGAAGAUUGUUGUGUUUUGCUGGUAUGAAUCGAUAUACUUGCGAACUCACAAACCCCACCUACCUCAUAUUCACACAUGCACACACGCACACACACAUAGCAUCUCAGGAUCCUCGGAUGGCUCUAUAGAUACGAAGCAGAUCCGAAGAACAAUCUCGCCCUCAGAUCAAGACACAAAAACUCCAGCCAACCACCGCCUCACACUUGCAUAUCUCCCAACUUCUAACUUCUAAAUCCGAACCUCCAGGUCCCAACCUACAACAGAUCAAGAUCAACAGCCCAUCAGAAGGAAAAUAAAAAUACCUCAUCUAGAUACAAACAACACAUCCACAAUCACAAUCACAAUCACAACAACGUCGAAACGGCAAGCUUGCAUCAUAUUUAGUAGAUAACACAUUUAUUAUAUCUAUACACCUACACACCUACACAUCUACAUACCUACAUACCUAAAUUUUUAGAUUUAUUCAUUAAUAGGAAAUUGAUCGAAUAGUAUAUAUUAACAACGGAAUUUUUAAAAAGGAAAUUGAAGAAAAUGUAAGAUUAAAGAGGAAUAGAAUAAUAUAGAAUAAUUUUUGGAUUUUUGAAGGAAUAGAGACUUAGAGAUUGAACUUACCUGAGUGGUAGAUUUUGAUUUGCUGAGUGUUGUUUUCUAGUUAUUUAUAGUUUAGGUGUUGGAACAUCUUAGAGUUAAAGGUGGUUUAUCUAUAGAUAAACUUGUGGAUUGGGGAUUUGUUUAUUUUAUUUUAUUUUAUCUUAUUGUAUAUUAUCUUAGUUUAUUAUAUCUCAUUCUAUC